CGUUUUAGUCCUCGGUGACGUAGAGGCAGGGGUCCGCCAUAUUGUCUCUGAUACAGCAGAAAUCUCGCACUUGUGCAGAGAUACCGGCAACGGUUCGACAUUUGGCUUUACGGAUUGACGACUGAUCUUCCGGGGAAAUAUUUCAGUCGUCAUAUUGUUCACGGGGCCAAAAUACCGUGCCCCUGGUGCCCCCUCCCUCGUCCUUAAGUAGCCCCUCCCCAAACCCCUGCCCUGUCUGAAUCAAACACCCCCCCGACCUUCCCUCUUUCCCCUCCCUUUCACCCUCCCAUCCUCCUUCCGCUGCUGUACAAAGCCACCACUCACUGCCAAACUGUCGGACAUGUCAGGACCCGUGCCAAGCCGGGCCAGAGUGUACAAUGAGGUCAACACUCACCGGCCGAGGGAGUACUGGGAUUAUGAGUCCCAUGUAGUGGAGUGGGGGAACCAAGAUGACUUUCAGCUGGUGAGAAAGCUGGGCCGCGGCAAAUACAGUGAAGUCUUUGAGGCCAUCAACAUCACCAACAAUGAGAAGGUGGUUGUCAAGAUCCUCAAGCCUGUGAAGAAAAAGAAAAUAAAGCGUGAGAUCAAGAUAUUGGAAAAUCUACGAGGAGGCCCUAAUAUCAUCUCCCUCAUUGACAUUGUGAAAGACCCUGUUUCUCGGACACCUGCCUUGGUAUUUGAACAUGUGAACAACACAGACUUCAAGCAAUUGUACCAAACUCUGGCAGAUUUUGACAUCCGAUUGUAUAUGUAUGAGAUUCUCAAGGCCUUGGACUAUUGCCAUAGUAUGGGAAUAAUGCAUCGAGAUGUCAAGCCUCAUAAUGUGAUGAUUGAUCACGAACACCGCAAGCUACGUCUUAUCGACUGGGGCUUGGCGGAAUUUUACCACCCAGGACAGGAGUACAAUGUCAGGGUUGCAUCACGAUACUUCAAAGGGCCCGAGCUCUUGGUGGACUAUCAGAUGUAUGACUACAGUCUGGAUAUGUGGAGCUUGGGAUGUAUGUUGGCCAGCAUGAUCUUCAGGAAAGAGCCUUUCUUCCAUGGCCAUGACAACUAUGACCAGCUGGUGAGAAUAGCCAAGGUUUUAGGCACAGAAGACCUUUACGAUUACAUCGAUAAAUACAACAUUGAGCUAGAACCUCGCUUCAAUGAUAUACUUGGAAGGCAUUCUCGUAAGCGGUGGGAGCGCUUCGUCCAUAGUGAAAACCAGCACCUAGUCAGCCCUGAGGCUCUGGAUUUCCUGGAUAAGCUGCUGCGCUACGAUCACCAGGCCCGGCUGACUGCCCGCGAGGCCAUGGAUCACCCCUACUUCUUCCCCAUUCUGAAGGAGCAGUCUCGCAGUGGAGCCGGAGCUGCCAACCUAGCCAGUGGGAACCCAGCCGUUAGCACGGCCAACAUCAUCACUGGUAUUUCUGCCUUGCCAGCUUCCACUGCCCUGGGUCCACUGACUGGAUCACCUGUGCUGUCUGCCCCUCCCAAUGCUCUCAGCUCCUCUGUGUCCACAGCCCCCGGGGCACCACAGUGACCCUCCUCACAUCUGCAUCCAUGGGCAGUAUCGCUAGCACCUAUGCUUAUGUCCACGACCAACUCAUCAAGUCCUGGUCCACCAUGUUCUCAUUACUACAAAGGUCGACACGAGCAUAUAUAGUGACCACUUUGGUCGACAUAACGUGACACCAUUUAUGAAAAAUGGUUGUUAAUGUCAAGUAUUGUAUUAGUAUUGCUACCGUCAUCAGUAUCACUAAUACUGUCUAGUGACACAACAUUAAAAUAUGACACACACACUUACUGUUGAAUGCAAAGUCAAAAUAAUCCAUAUAAACCUGGAUUCUGCCACAGCAACUAACACAUGACAUGACAUGACCACAGCAGAGCAUAGAUGCUUAUAUACUGACGUGUCCUAUGAAAACACAAAAAUAAACAAUAACCAUGACAACAAACUCUUGAAUCAUCACACAAUGUUCCUAUGUCUCAGGACUACUGUAUAUGUAUGCCAAAGGGCUUCCACUGUGCUGCUAACAUUAUUGUGAGCAUGUAUGGAGUCCAGUGGGUCAUUUUCCCACACAUAUGCUGCUUCAAUGACUCCCAAGACAUAACCAAAGUUGACUCCAUGAACUGGAAGGCAGAAGAGAACAAAGCUGCCUUUGUUGUAUAGCAGAAAAAUAACCCACAUAGUUUUCCAUCACAAUAACCCAUCAACCUUGUGAGCAUAGUCCCACUGUUUGGAGGCUGUGUUGACUCCGCUAAGGAUGGACACUCGUCCUAAAUUGAGUAGGCCAUCACUAUCAGUCUGCAUGAAACCUUUACAAGGCGAACCUUGAUUGUAACAAUCAUUCUUGGCAGGUGACUGGAAGGAAAAGGGAGCCUCCCUGACGAGCAACAUUGAUGUUGAAUAGCACUUGAAGGCCGUGUGUACGUUUUUCCCAGCCUGAUGUACAUCUUUUUGUAAACAUGUCAAAUGCAAAUAAACCCGAAACCUUGAGCGCAGUCCCUAUACCAUGUAUAUAUUUGUAUGUCCUUAUGUAAGAGACCAGCGUUUGCAAAGAUUUGUGUAAAUAAAGCCUUUUAUUUAUCAGCU